AUGGCUCGCGAGGAGCUUGUCUCCUCUGCUGUUACUUUUCUUCAGGAUCCCUCGGUAGCUUCGUCGCCGGUUGAGAAGAGAAUCGCAUUCCUCCAGUCGAAGAACCUGACGCAAGAGGAAAUUGACCUCGCCCUCUCCCGGACAGGGGAAGACUCCUCCGCUGUCGCUGCACCUUCAUCGCAAGGGUAUUCUCCACCGCAACAAUCUGUCUAUCGUCCCCCUCCUCCCCCAGCCCAAGGAUAUGGGUACCCUCCAUAUGGCCAAUGGCAACCCCCACCUCCAGAACCCCCAAAGAGGGAUUGGCGUGACUGGUUCAUCAUGGCGACAGUGACUGGUGGUGUGGGAUAUGGUCUGUAUUUCAUUACAAAGCGCUACAUUUCGCCCUUGAUUUCACCUCCUACUCCUCCGCAAUUGGAGCAGGACAAGGAAAACAUCGAUGAACAGUUCUCUCGCGCGUUUACUCUAAUUGAGCAGCUUUCUACAGACACAGCAGCCCUGAAGUCGGCCGAAGAAGCUCGAUCGGAACGACUGGAUAGUGCUUUGCGGGAGGUUGAGAACCUUGUGACUGAUUUGAAGUCGGCUUCUCGUCGCAGAGAUGAUGAAACACGCCGGAUCAGCGACGAAGUGAAAUCAUUAAAGGACGCUAUCCCCAAGGCUAUGGAAGGAGCCCGCGAAGGCAACGAGAACCGGUUGAGAGAGCUUGGAACAGAGCUCAAGAGCCUGAAGACUCUUCUAGGUAACCGACUCGGUGGCAGUGGUGGAGCCAGUUCCCCUAUCUCUGGAAGAACAGGCGGAGCAACUACACCUGUGCCUGCUUCAAACCUGCCUACCGCCUCUGCCGCCGCCACGAAUGGUGCGACAGCAACCCCCACUGAACAGAGCUCGCCGUCCUCCCCGGCUGGAGCUGCCCCGGCGACAACGAACCAGGGCACGGGAUCUGUCUCCAACAGCCCCCUGUCGCAGCUUGGAAGGUCUGCUUCUAUCCCUGCCUGGCAGAUGGCUGCUGCCAACCGUUCCAAGAGCACACCACAACCCCCAGCUCCCACUGUUGAAGACACCACACCCAGCACAAACUCUGAGCAGCAGAGCGCCCCGGCCAGCUAA